AUGGCCCAAUGGGCCUUUCACUGGGCAGUGUAUAUCCACUGUUGCUAUGGAUGGGGCCAUAGUGGUCUUCGUUGGCAAAAGCAAAAAACCUUAGAGAAUCGGAGAAGGCAUCAUGUUUCCAGGAAUGUUCAUGCGGAAGCCGGACAAAGCUGCAGCACUGAAGCAGCUGAAAUCUCACGUGGCCAUGUUCGGGGCAUGGGUUGUUGUUGUUCGAGUCACCCCUUACGUUCUUCACUUUCUCAGUUCCGAGAAAGAAGAACUCAAGCUCGAGCUCUAGCUUCUCACUUUCCUCGCCUGUUAAUGGAUGAAUUACCUGGCUCCUUGGGCACCAUCGCCAGCUUCAGUCUGAGAUUGGGCCAGACCAUGUUCUCUUCUGCUUCCCUUCUCUUCAUGUCUUUGGGGGUUGAAUUCUACAGCUUCACGGCUUUCUGUUAUUUGGUGACAGUUAUGGGGUUGGUCAUACCAUGGAGUUUCACAUUAGCAUUAGUAGAUGGAUAUUCUGUUCUGCUCAAAUGCCCCAUUCGUCAACCAGGAAUACUCUUGAUUAUUGUUGUGGGAGAUUGGGUAUUAUCAAUCCUUACACUGGGAGCAGCUUGCUCAACAGCAAGUGUUGUGGAUCUCCUGCUCAACGCUCAUGGGUCUUUUUGCCCCCCAAAGCUCUGUAGCAGGUACAGGAUAUCUGCAAUUAUGGCCUUUUUCUCAUGGUUUCUAUCUUUGACAUCCUCUCUAUUUAACCUUUGGAUAUUAGCCUCUUUGUGA